AUGGGCAAACUUUACGGACAAGCCAACAACUUCCGAACCAAGAAGGUCCUCGUCGCCGCCAAGUUUGGCAAGAAGACUGUGGAACUCGCCGGUGAAGAGGCUCCAGCCGAUGUCUCACCACUUGGAUUGACACCAGCUUUUGUUGACGGUGAUGUUCGAAUCUUCGGUGCCGAUGCCAUUGCUCUUCACUUGGUCGCCGGAGUUCUUGGAUGCCCAAAAAGCUGCGGAGAGGUGCUUCAAUGGGUGCAAUGGGGAGAGGCCAACUUGCUGCCAAACGCUCUCGGCUACGUGCUUCCAAGUGUGUCUGCUGCCCAUCUUGACCAGAAGGUGCUCGAUCUCUACAAGGGAGAAUUCUUCGCUCAAUUGGCUCACCUCGACAAGGUGCUGCUAAAGAAGACGUUCCUCGUUGGAGAGCGACUUGGACUCGCCGAUAUCUCGUUGGCUCUCGACUUGCUGCCAGCUUUCGAGCACGUGCUUGAUGCUGCCGCACGCAAGGAAUUCGUCAACGUCACUCGUUGGUUCAACACGAUCGUGAAUCAACCACAGGCCAAGGAAGUGCUCGGAGAGGUGAAACUCGCCAACUCCGUCGCUCAGUUCAAUGACGCUGACUUCAAGAAGAAUGCCGCUAAAGUGCACAAGGCCGCCCCAACUCCAGCUGCCAAGAAAGAAGAGAAGAAGAAGGACCAACCCAAAAAGAAAGAGGAAGAGCCCAAGGAAGAGAUGGACGCCGCCGAAGAAGCGCUUGCCGCUGAGCCAAAGUCAAAGGACCCAUUCGAGUCACUACCAAAGAGUUCAUUCGUCUUUGAUGCUUUCAAGAGGGUCUACUCGAAUGAAGACACGGCGACUAAAGCCAUCCCCUACUUCUGGGACAACUUUGAUGCCGAGAACUGCUCGAUCUGGAGGUGCGAUUACAAGUACAACAACGAGUUGACACUUGGCUUCAUGAGCUGCAACUUGAUCGCAGGAAUGUUCCAACGAUUGGAGAAACUGAACAAGCACGCCUUCGGAUCGAUGAUUCUCUUUGGAACGGACAACAACUCUGAAAUCUCUGGCGUUUGGGUUUGGCGCGGACAGGAGUUGGCCUUCGAGCUUUCACCAGAUUGGCAGAUCGACUACGAGUCGUACGCUUGGAAGAAACUCGACGCGAAAGAUGAGGGAGUAAAGAAGAUGGUGAACGAGUACUGGCUUUGGGAGGGCGACUUUGAGGGCCGAAAGUUCAACCAAGGAAAGAUCUUCAAG